GGAGCGCAGGCAGAACCUUAUUUACAUGGACUCCGCCCCUCUAUGACGACACUGUUGGAUAUUAACCAAUAAAAACGUAAUACUGUGCUAGUCUUCAUUUGCAUACAGGCUCUAUAAGUAGCGCGUAACCAGCCUGCUUCGGUGUAGUCGGGAUCACUUCUACUGGCGUGUGGGGAUUCUCCUGUGUGAAGAUGCCGGAUCCAGCAAAAUCUGCUCCUGCUCCUAAGAAAGGCUCCAAAAAGGCUGUCACGAAAGUGCAGAAGAAAGACGGUAAGAAGCGCAAGCGCAGCCGGAAGGAGAGCUAUUCUGUUUAUGUGUAUAAAGUGCUGAAGCAGGUUCAUCCAGACACCGGCAUUUCUUCGAAGGCCAUGGGCAUUAUGAACUCCUUCGUGAACGACAUCUUCGAGCGUAUCGCGGGCGAAGCGUCGCGCCUGGCGCAUUACAACAAGCGUUCGACUAUCACGUCCCGGGAGAUCCAGACGGCUGUGCGCCUGCUGCUGCCCGGCGAGCUAGCCAAGCACGCCGUGUCGGAAGGCACCAAGGCGGUCACCAAGUACACCAGUUCGAAGCUUUUUUCCUGCCCGUGCAGAAGUUGUCCUCAAAGUUACAGCCAGACUCCAGAUGAUUGCUGUUUCACUGGAGAUCAUGCCAUUGCUUCCUCAAAAUUAAAUUAUCUUUUCAGAGAACACCAUAUUUGGGGAAUUUAUUUCUCCAGGAUGUGUAAACCAAUUAUUUCUAGCCUUUCUUAGAGAUUUUCUAUCUCCAUUUAACUCACAUACCGUGUUUUGGCAUCUUUCCCUUCCACACAUGCUCCUUCUCCACAAUUUAUUCUUUCGUAUCCUAAGCCAAAGGGUUAAGGAAUAAUACGUGCUUAGUGUGACAAGAAGCUGAAAGGGGAAGGCAGGAAGAUGAACUUCUUACCCUUUUGGGGUUUUGACCCCAUAUUUAGAAACAAACAAAGAUAUGAGGAAUAAAGGGCAGCAAACAAUUUUAUUGGCUCCAAUUUUACUGCCAGUGUGCAUUAACAAAGAAGUCUAUACCUAAAAGACCUUAAGGGGCUCCAGAUUUUCAGCUUACUAGCAUUUUCUUUUUGACAACCUGCUUUCCAUUGCUAACCUUAAUAUACAGCUCUCUUAGGUAGGGUCUUUCAUUUUUUAUACUAUUAUCGCUGUGAGACCUUUUUCUAUUUUUUAUUUGUACUUUCCACUUAGAUUGUCUCUCUAGUCCCAUGGCUCUGAAUAUCACAUAUAUAUGAUGAUUCUCAAAAGUUUAUCUCUAGUUCAGGAUCCUUCCUUGAGCUCCACACAUGUAUCCAUUGCUUUCCCAACAGUUAAAUGUCAAAUAGGAAUCUUAAGAUGUUCAAUACAAAAUUUUGCUUCUUGCUACUCCUGUCUCCCCUGCUCCACCAAUUUGCUCCUGCUGUUUCCCAGCUCAGUCUAUGGAGUUAGUUUAUUGCUCAGGCCCCAAAUCUAGGAUUUGUACCUGAUUCCUCUCUUCCCCAUAUUCCCUACAUGUAAUCAAUCAGCAAGCUUUUUUUUUUACACUUCCUACAAAGUACAUUCCAAAUACCACCACUUAACACCCCUACUGCUAGUCCAAGCUACGGUUAUCUCUCCCCUGAAUUCCUAACUUUUUCUUGCUUCCACUGUUGUCCCCUUACUACCCCUGAGGGUCUGUCUCCAACUAACUCUGGUGGCAGUGAGGACUGCCAGACACCUUCCAGCCAGCUAUGCCUCCAGUGUCUAAUUCUUAGACUUGGAAUUACAGGAUAGGUCUGGCUAUCUUUGGCUUCUUGGGGGAAAAUUUCUAAAUCCAGAAGGCACUGGUUUUUCUCCCGGCUGAGUUUGGGAGCCAGGAAAGACCCAGAAUGGAACCAACUCUUCCUGUUUUACCCAAAACCAGUCGAUCCACUUUGGUGAUUCCUUCUCAGGCUAGGAAACUUCUGAGUGUUCUGAAAUGGGCCUGGACUCUUGUAGAAGCUCCUGUGGUCCCCAAAUGAGUUUAGGGCUCAUCCUACAGAGCCUGGAAGGUGAGAAACGACCACUCUCCUCACACCCAGUUGCCUGUUCAGCUCCGUAACUGUCUACUCUGGAGAGUUGUGCUUAGGUCUGGAACAGACCUGGGGAUUACAGGAUGGGCCCAGGAGCUUCUCAGAUGAAGCUCUAAACGUCUAAGAUGAAGCCUCGAUAGGUCCAACAGGCCCUGGGUGUUGUCCCUGCUGAGUCUGAGGGCGAAGGAAGGAAAACCCCACCUUCCUCCUCUCUCCCAGCCAGCUGCAUCAAUCCCCUCUGGGCCCUUGUUCUCAGUCCUGGAAACUUGUCUUCCGGGAUAGGACAGGGCUUGGACCCUUGAGGGAGAAGUUCCAUGGUUCCCAAAUGCAUUUCAGAGCAGCCCGUGAAGAGCCUGGGGGCUCCCUGCCCACAGGCCUGCGGUUCCGCCGGCCCGGGGUCCCUUCCUGGCUCUUGAUGGUGGUGGAACCAGCAAGGAAUUCAUCAGGGCUUGACUGGACAGCCGUCUCGUACUCUCCACCUGCUCCCUCCCUGCUGCUACCACCGCCUCCAGCCGCCUUUAUUCUUGAGGUCUCGCCCAGACAGCCAGCGACCCUCCCCUUCAGGUGGCCCCCUUAACCAGGCCUCCGCGGAGGCCAACGCCAGCCGCAAACUCCCGCGCGCCCCGCGCCUCCCGGCAGCACCUGCGCUAGGCGGCAGCCGAGGCUGCAACCGCAACAGGCGCCCGUGGGGUGGCGCGGCCGCCAGGUCCGUGAGCAGGAUCGAGCCCUCCCUCCAUCCCCCCUGACCUACCAAGGGGUUUUUCAGCUGCGCGGUUCCGCUGCAAGUGCCCACCCAGCUCAUUCGGGAGUCGGGUUCUCACACCUGCCGGCCCCAAGCAAACAGUUACGUCGGAUAUGAAGGAGCAGCCCCUGAGUUGGGUGCUUUUUUGGGUACCGGGGCAAAUCUGACACUCACAACCCCUUUCUCUCCUCUACCCGCCCGCCGCCUCUGCCGCCGACCUGACCAGAGCUAAUUUCUUGCCCCUGCCGGCUCUGAGGAAGCAAGUAUUUCUCACGGGGCUUUGGGGGGAGGUUGCAGAAAGCGUGCACCCGGCCAGCCUCCGCGCCGCUGGGCCCGUGCGCACUGGCGGUUGCAGCUUCUGUGGAGAGCUAAGGUCGCAAUGUGCACAGGAGACCACAGGGUGGCGCCAGCAGCCUUCCGUGAGAUACGCACAAUGCCGCCGCCGCGACGGAUCCGAGAGCUACCGCCGUGGUCUGUCCAUCCGGGAGCCCGGUUCUAGCCAGUAAGUGUGGAGCUAAAAAAGUGUAUUAAUGACCGUUGGUAAGUAGCUGAUUUACAAUAGAAUCUACUAACACGUCCCAGUUAGGAAGAGAAAUGACUGAUGAGUGAUAACAAGCAGAUUUGCCACUAAGUAAAAAUAUAAAUAUGGAUUUACGCUAUCUAGUACCCCCCUUUUUUUUUUUGGCAAAAGUUAAUGAAACAAUCCCUUCUAAAUUGUUACAGAAAAUGGAAAACACCAAUUUACCUUCAAUACAUUCCUUUUACUUGAAGAUAUAAUGUUGAUCUGUUAGAAGUAAAAGGGCUUUUCAGGUUUUUUUGAAAUCAUGCGGACUGUUCAGCUGAGAAAAAGACUGAGUCACGGAUGAAUGAGAUCAACCUCUUUACUGAGGAUGGUGAUAAUGCAGGAAGACUGCUCUUUGAAGUUAGGUGAUAUUUCCCAGCAUGCUUUUUGCAUAUCACUCUUUGUGAUGGCAUUUAUGCUGUUCUCACAAUAUUUCCAGCUUCUUGCCUUAGCUUACUUUAGGAUUUUACAUCCUCUUUGUGUUUGGGUGGAGCUAUGUAACCACUUCUGACCAGUGAGUUGGAAGUGGGAGUGUUGCGUGUCACUUCUGGGCUGGAGCAUUUAAUUUCUGGUUUGAGAUGCUCCAGAACUCUUUUUCACUCUGGCACAACAACUGGCCUUCUUCCUCCCUCUCAGUUGACCCUAGUGUAAUAUAAACAACAAAACUUUGUUGGUGUAAGGUGCUGAGAUUUUGGAGUUGUUUGAGCCUUAACAUACCCUAGCCUAUUCUUAUACAGCCUAAUUCAUAGAUGAAUAGACCAGGUAUAGAGCUGUGCAUGUUUGUUAUCCUAGAUAAGGUGCGGUUGUUAUCAGUAUUUCUUACUUACAAUUUCUUUGCCUUGCUCUCAGAAGACUUUCACCUCAGAGCCAAGCAUCUUUUUUUUUUUUUUUAAAAUAACAGAGCAAGAGGCAAGGUCUUCAAAUAAAAAUUGUCAUGAACUUUGCCCUACCUCUCUACAGUAUACUAGGACUCAGAACAUCUCAACAUGGGCUAACAUAUCCAUUUCUAAUACGUGACUUUGCCCCUAACACCCAUAAGUAUAAAAUAGAGAAAGACACAAAAACUUACCUCUGGUUUAUAGUUCCUUUGUCUCUUUGGUACACUCAGAGAUUUUUUUUUUAUCCCCAGGGUAGUGUAUCAUGAUUUGGGAUGGGUGAGAGAUAUGCCUUUCUUUUGUAAACUGGGAGAAGGGUGAGUGGGAAAGAGGAGGUGGAAAAGGUGAACCAGCUUCAAGCAUUUACAACAGGCAUGUUCUUAGGCUGCACAAUGUAAUGAAAGAGUGCUUAUGGAAGUUGAUGUUUGGGGGUUGAUUCCCUUAAACUAUCAUUGCCAAUGUACCUGUUAGAACAUCUUUAUAUAUCCCUGUGGGUUCAUACACUCUUGGGGGACACCUAUGCUGGUGAGUAAAGCAAUCCAUAUGUGUGACAAUAGGGAGUGGUGGUGACUGUAGAAUAAAAUGCUGUAUGGUGCUUGUUUCACCAGUGUUGAAUAAAAUCUUAUUGACCCAUUUCUUGAUUCUACAAAUAAAAUUAUCAGGUUUGCAUUUUGCUUCUAGUGUUAACUAGUGAAAUUGCAAACCCUGACCUUAAAAUGCAAGCCUUCAUAAUUCAUAAAAGUACAAUUAGAAACAAUUGAAGAUGUUCCCUCUCCCUUACAGACAGAAGGAGAGAGAACAUUUUGCAUCAUAAACCAGCUCAAAAAAUCUGAUUUGAUAAGGUUUUAAACCAAAAACAUUCACAGGAAUAUCAAGCUUAUUCUCCUGUGCACAGUGGAGCCGUGGUGCAUAUUUUCUAAUGUUAACAACUUGUUUUGUUCUCUGUUAAAAUAAAUGUGUCCCUAGAAGUGUUAUCUGAACAGUCUUAUAAGACUCCAAAGACUUUAUAAAUUGUUGCAGUGGCAUACAAAAUGCUCAGGUUGGACUUUCUGGAAGCAGAGGCUGAGACAGAGUUUAGGGUACAAGAUGAUUAUUAGGGAUGAACCCUUGUGAAAGGAAGAAUGAGGACAAAGGAUUGGGCAGAGGAAGAAAUCAGACUGCAAUGAAGGCCUGACAGCCUUGAUCGACCUGCUGAGGAGCUCUGGAGCAAAUACUACUCCUGAUAAGUUAUUUGAAAAAGGCAAGGUGCAAUGGUGUGUAUAUUAUGCUAACAUUUGUGUACAAAGGGAGAGAGAGGGAAGGAUGUCUCCCUUUAUUUGCCUAUAAAAGCAUAAAAGUCUCUGAGAUGACAGAAAACAACCAAUAGUAAUUAUCUUUUGGAAAGGACAUUAGAAGGUACUAUAGACUGAAUAUUUGUGUUUCCUCCCAAAUUCAUAUGUUGGAAUCUAGUUCCCAAAGUGAUGGUAUUAGGAGGUGGGGCCGUUGGUGAGUGUUGAGUCAUGAAGGUGGAGCUCUCAUGAGUGGUAUUAGUGCCCUUAUAGAAGAGACCCCAGACAGCACCCUCACCCUCUGCAUGUGAGGACACAAAAAGAAGAUAGUCAUCUAUAGAUCAGGAAUUGAGCUCUUACCAGACACCAAAUCUGUAGGCACCUUGAUCUUGGACUUCCCAGCCUCCAGAUCUGUGAGAAAUAAAUUUCUGUUGUGUCCAAGUGACCCAGCCUGUGGUAUUAUUUUAUAGCAGCCCAAACAGACUAAGACAGAGGGCUAGGAGUCCAAGAUGGAAGGAGAUUUUUAACUGUAUAUGUUUUUUGUACAUUUUGGAUUUGACCAUAUAUUCAAAAACAAAAACAUUCUUAAAAAUACAUAAUGGGAUGUUAAAUGUUCAAUAAAUGUUCUCAGCUAUUCUGAAAAGAGCAUUGUGUUAAAAAAAAAACAUGUAAGACCUUCAGGAUGGCUGCACAUAAAUCACUUCAUAUAAUCCCCAUAAUAACCUACCCCCCCCCAGGAAUAUGAAGUCCAUUUUAUGGAUGAGGAGACAGAAGGCAUGGAGGCUUACUUUCUAUGGCACAAAGCAAUCAUGCAGCAGAGCCAGGUUUCAACACAAGUCUGUCUGGCUCCAACCCACCCUCCACUUAUUACUAAUAAUUAUAGUUAACAGGAGUGGGGCACUUACUAUGUGCCAGGCACACUGCUAAGUAUUUACUCAUUUAUAGCCACAAUAUUCCUAGGAGGCAGGUAUUCCUUUUGAGUCCAUUUUCCAGAUGAGAACUGAGGUUUGGAAAGGUUGGUGACAUGUCCAAGAUCACAUAGAUAAUGAGCAGCAGAGAAAAUAUGAUUCACUCCCCAAGCCUACAUUCUUAACCCCUCUGAUAUGAAGCCAAACUGUCUCUCCGAAUGUCCAGUCCCCCUCCCCCGUGCUCCCCUUGCUGCAGGCACACUGGUGGUUUUCAAUUCCCAUCCCAGACCAAGCCCCUCCCCACCUCCCAGCCUCUGCAUGUGCUUUUCCCUCCACACAGAAAGCUUCCUCCUGGUCCCUCCCUUAUUUGCAACCCUAGUUCCUCUUCUUCCUCUAGGUCUGAGUUCCAAUGUCCCCUCUUCAGUGUAGUCUUCCCUGACUUUCUACUUCGAUUCUUCUCUCACUCAGAUCCUUGUUUUUCCCAUCAAGGCACUCAUUACAACUUACCAAAAAUUUUAUGUUAGUUUCAUUUUACUUGUAUUUUAUUUGCCUUUCCCACUAGAAUGAAAGGCCCAUGAGGGCAGAAAUUUGUCUGUCUUGGUCCCUGACAUAUCUCCAGUAGCCAGAAGAUUCCAGGUAUUAAUAGGUGCUCUGUAAGUAUUUAAUAGAUUAUAAUCAUUAGAAUUUGCAGCUCACCAAUAGAAGAAAGCAGAUGGUUUCCAACCCCAAGCUAAGAGUUCUCUUGUGUUAAAAAAAAAAAAAAAAAGGUUU